AUGGCAUCGUUCAAAGUGCGACCGGAGCACUCGGGACCGCCCGAAUUGGUAAGUUUCAAAAGUGUCUUUGAAGAAAGUGAAAAUCGCAAUUUAUCGAAACAAUUUUCUACAAAUAUUAUCAAUUCAGUACUACAAUGAGACGGAGGCGGCAAAGUACGCGUCGAACUCGCACAUCACGGCGAUCCAGCACGAAAUGGCCGAAAGAGCACUCGAAUUGCUGGCGCUCCCCGAGGGAAAACGCGGAUUUUUGCUGGACAUUGGUAAGCGCGGGCACUAGCAUCACAAAUAUGCGAAAGUUAGGCCAGCCAGUGACAGAAGGAGAUCCUGGCUUGCUAAAGCCAGCACAAUGAACGUUUUAGGCCGUAAAUUCAGUUUUACAGGGCAGAAAAGAUAAACUUGCAGGAUGUGGAACGGGAAUGAGCUCGGAAGUGCUUCAGGACGCCGGCCAUUUGUUCGUCGGAGUGGACGUCUCGCGGCCGAUGCUCGAAAUUGCCCGACAGGACGAAGAUCUCGAGGAGGGCGACUUUGUGCACCAGGACAUGGGACUCGGAAUGCCUUUCCGGCCGGGAAGCUUCGACGGAGCCAUCAGGUACUGAAGUUGAAUGGGAACUCCGAACUAUUACUGUUCCUUAAUUGAGCCGGGAAGUCAUAUCGUUCUAGACCAUUUUUGCUUGAAACCCUGCCGUCUUUUUGUACGACCACUCCCUGGAGUAUUGUAGCUUUUCCUCUAUCUUUCCGGAGCUACAGUACUUUAAAAAGCUAAAAAAAACAAUAUACAAAACAAGAGGAUUCCAAUGUUCAGCGCAACUUUUUUAAAACAAACCUUUUGCAGUAUUUCGGCGAUCCAAUGGCUGUGCCACGCGAACGCGACGAACGAGAACCCGCGCAAACGGCUGCUCUUCUUCUUCCAGUCCCUGUACGGAUGCCUCGGAAGAGGAUCCCGUGCCGUGUUCCAGUUCUAUCCGGAAAACGACGAACAGUGCGACCUGAUCAUGGGACAGGCGCACAAGGCCGGAUUCAACGGAGGACUCGUCGUCGACUUUCCCGAGGCGGCGAAACGGAAGAAGGUGUAUUUGGUGCUGAUGACCGGAGGGACCGUCCAGUUGCCGAAGGCGUUGACCGAGGACGGAGAGCACGAGAGGACGCAGAUCGACAAUGCCGGAAGGAGGUAAAAACAAAAGGGAUCGGCUAGGCAGGGGGACGCGGUUUUCGAGUGAGUUGGUGGCCUAGAAGCCGACCGAGGGUUUGCGAUUUGAGCAGCUAAUAGACCCGAAUCAGCUAAAGCUUUGAAGUCUUUAGUUUUGGUGGACCAGUUUUGUCAAUAUAGAGACUACCGACAAACAUUAAGCAAACGAAGCUCAAAGUGAUACUUUUGGCAUAAAAAUCCAACGGACUAACUUUUCAAGUGGCUUAGAAUCCGAGUAUCACAGUAGUUUCACAGUUUUCCAGAUUGACUAGCAUGGCCGCAAAUCCUUAUGGGGCUAUUCAGCGUAUGUUUGUUUUCCGUUUUUUUCGUUUUUUUUACAUCGCUGAAUUGAAUUUUUUGACGUAAAAAAACGAAAAAAACGGAAAACAAUAAUUUUUUUCACAGCCUGAAUAACCCCAUUACUGAUCAGAAAUAGAACCACAGAUGAUCUUGAAUCCAACAAGUAGACACUUUGACCGCCUAACUAACAUCGCCUAGAAUCCGACAUCUCAAUCGGAGCCUUUUUCAGAUUCGUGUGGAACUCGCGUAAAAACGAGAAGGUGGUGAAGGGAUCGAAGGCGUGGAUCGAGCAGAAACGGCAGCGGCAGAUGAAGCAAGGACGCGACGUCCGUCACGAAUCCAAGUAUUCGGGCAGAAAGAGAAAGACCAAGUUCUGA